AUGGUUCUCGUGAACGCUCAGGACCCCACGCCGCAGGCCGCGGCCGCUCAGAGAAACGUGCUGCCGGAUUAUGUUACAACACCCAACGCCGUCUUUGGAGAUGAGGGCGUUCAGUGGAGAUACGGCAGGGCGCCAGAUUAUACGAGAACACGAAAAGUCUGGAGAGAAGGAAGAAAGAUGAACCACAAGGCGGGCAGUCUCGAAGAGAUUGUGGAGAACUUGGUGAAGAAUUGGGAGGUCGAGGCUUCUUUCAAGACGAAGCUCGACGACUGGAGGACCGUCGACCACGCCAACUACACCUUCUCCGUCAACGGCGGCACCCCACAGACGGGCGAGCACAUGCUCAAGGUCGGCACCUACAACGCCGUCAUCACGCCCAACGAGUAUUACAGCCCAGACUACUCAGACUUUGCGUCCAGCCACAAGACGUUCAAGCGCAUGAUGCCCACUUUCGCCUGGGAGGUCAUUGAGGUCUACAGCGGUCCGCCGUGCAUCGCCUUCAAGUGGCGCCACUGGGGGGUCAUGAAGAAUGACUACGUCGGCUUCAACGAACAUCUGUCAUCUUGCUUGUUCGGAUGUGGCCGUGUAACUGCGACUGACAAAAAGCACGUGUACAGCAAAGGAGACAAGGUCACCGCCAAGGCUCACGGCGGACAGAUCGACAUUGAAGGUGUCACGAUCGCGCGUGUGGACGAUCAGCUGCGUCUGCAGGGCGUGGACACAUGGUUUGACUCGCUACAGAUGUUCCGGCAGAUUGCCCCGGAUGGCGUGGUGAAGAAGGAGGCAAAGACUGAUAACCGCGGCCCGGAAGCGAGGUUUGACGAGGCGGUGGCACAGGAUGUGCAGUUGUCGGCCGAAGACAUAAGCAAAUUGCACACUGAUGUUGUUGAUGGCAAGAGAUCAGGAGGGUGUCCGGUGAUGAUGAAUAGAGAGUAA